AUGAGCAUCGUCUGCGUUCUACCGAGACGUAUUUUUCCCUUGAGAAGUCCUUACAUUGCCCUCAAGUCCAUGUCUACCCAUGCCGACAAGAGUCUGAUGGACCGGCCCACUUAUAUUUGCCCGAUUGAUGCGGAGCCACUUCAUCGCUACCGACAAGGCGGUUACCACCCAGUCACCUUGGGAGAAUGCCUUAAAUCUGGAAGGUAUAAGGUGUUGCAUAAAUUAGGAUGGGGUGGCUACUCGACAGUUUGGGCCGCGAGAGAUCAAAGGACAGAGACUUACGUCGCUGUGAAAAUUUCUACUGCAGAAAAGCAUCAUGAUAGGGAAACACGAGAGCUCCAAACUCUGAAGGAACUGGCAUCUUAUCACCCGAGUCUGACGCAUGUGGUGCAGUUGCUCGAUGAUUUUGAGCUAACGGGUCCAAAUGGAUUUCAUAAAUGCCUCGUUUAUGAACUUCUGGGACCAAACAUUCCGGACGUAAUUGAUGCACACUUCUCCAGUGGGAGACUCCCCGGAAGGCUUGCCAAACUUCUUGCCAAGCAAAGUCUUGCCGGGCUUCAUGAUCUGCACCAACGAAAUAUUGGACAUGGAGGUACUACCAUCCACUCACUUGGGAAGAAAUCGGAAAAUUCUCACCUGAAAUAG